AUACUGUUUUCAAGUCCAAACCCCCCACUUUAAAAUGCGCCAACGCUCAAUGCCAAAAACAAAUUGCAUAUUGAAGAAAUUAUAUAAAAAUAAUUUUAGUUAAAAAACAGCGCUUACCGCUCACCGGAGAGUCAGAGGGCAACGCUCUUCACAAUUCAAUUUCUCUAUUAAUUUUUUGAGUGCGUGAGUUUUCUCUUGAAUUGAAUCCGAGCUUUUCUGGAUUUUGUUUCUUUUUUUAACAAGAAAAAAGGAACUAAGAAUUUGUCGAAGAAUUUAUUGAAAUUGAUUGAAUCGAGGGCGGUUGGAGGUUGAUAAUGGAGGCAGGAGUUGCACGCAAGUUGCAGUAUCCGACAUGGAUUGAGUCGGAAAGUUUUGGGAGAAAAUCGACCGGUUCUUUGCGGUUCGGUCGGAGACUAUGGGAAGACCAGAAGGUACGGGUGGUUGUUUCGGCUCACUUUCCGGUUCAGGCAUCUUCUAAUCGGAAUAGAUCAGUCUCUUUCGAGGUUUCCUGCUCUUCUUACAAGAACUUUUCAGCUUCAACAUUGGAAAGUGGAAGCUUUCAUGCACCGUAUGAUGAAACUUUAACGUUAAAGAAUAAGUCACAAGAGAUUGAGCCAUAUUUAAAUGGGCACAGUGUAUAUCUUGUUGGAUUGAUGGGCUCUGGAAAAACGACAGUGGGAAAGAUUCUAUCUCAUGUACUCAGUUAUUCAUUCAUUGACAGUGACACAUUAAUAGAGCAGGAGGUAAAUGGAAUGUCUGUAGCUGAAAUAUUUAAGCUUCAUGGGGAGAAUUUCUUCAGAAAGAAGGAGUCUGAGGUAUUGCAGGGGCUCUCUUCAAAGAAAAAACUUGUUGUGUCUACUGGUGGAGGUGCAGUUGUAUGGGAUCAGAACUGGAACUAUAUGCAGAAGAAGGGGAUUAGUGUCUGGUUAGAUGUACCUUUGGAAGCCUUGGCACAGAGAAUUGCUGCAGUAGGUACCCAUUCUCGCCCACUUUUGCAUCAUGAACCUGGUGAUCCAUAUACAAAGGCUUUGAAGCGUCUGUCUUAUCUUUUGGAGCAGAGGGGUAAAAAUUAUGCUAAAGCAAAUGCAAGGGUUUCCUUGGAAGAAAUUGCAGGCAAACUAGGUUAUACAGAUGUAUCAGAUCUUACUCCAACAGAGAUUGCAAUUGAGGCAUUGGAACAAAUUGAAGGGUACCUAAAGAAAGAAGGUGGCAUGGCCAUUGCAGGAUUAUAGUUUGGACAAAGCUCUAAAUAUGGUGCUUGAAUUUCAUCUUAGUUGUAGCAUAUACAUAGCAUGUCAAAUGUGUCUAGUUUUUCUAGGGCAGCACUGCCACCAUGCAGUGCAUUUGCUUACACAACUAAGUCGUGAAAUUCCACAUGUAUUGCGCUAAUGAUGAUGCAGUUGUAUAUGUUUGCCCGGUCCACGAAACCUUAAUUGUUUCAUUGAGACAAAGGCAUUCUUCAGCAUUUUUGUGCUGAACUUGAACCAAGUGAAAAUGGGCUCUGUGAAAUGUUGCAUGAAUUGUGGCUAAUCGACGAACUGGAAAUUCUUUUUUUUUUCUUCUUGUAAUUGUUUCAUUUACCAAAUGUCACAAUGUAAAUUAUCUUCAUGGACA